UGCGUGCGCGUGAGCUCUCCUGCCACUGCUCCGGCUGUUAAAGAUGGCGGCCUGCGCGUUACGCCGAGGCUUGUUGAGCACUGUCAGUAAAUACAACAAGAAGCACACACACAGAAUACUGAGCGUUGUUGACGGCGGCAGCGGAUACGAGGUGUUCAGGCCGCGGGUUCAAUGCCGGGCCUGCGGACUGCCCGGUGGCGUCCAACAGAGGCGGUUUAUGUCGUCACGGAGCAGUCCUGAAGGGAAGAUUUUGGAGACGGUGGGAAUGUUUGAGGCUGUAAAGCAGCACGGAAAAUAUGAAACGGGACAGCUGUUCCUGCACAGUGUUUUCGGCUACAGAGGCAUCGUCUUGUUCCCCUGGCACGCCCGGCUCUACGACCGAGACAUCACCCCCCCCAUGGCCGAGAGCAAACCGGAGCCUCCUGGAGCUCACGGCUCCAAGGAGGUGAAGGGCAAGACUCACACCUACUACCAAGUCCUGAUCGACACCCGGGACUGCCCCCACAUAUCUCAGAGGUCCCAGACGGAGGCGGUGACGUUUCUGGCGAACCACGAUGACAGCAGAGCCCUGUACGCCAUCCCAGGUCUGGACUACGUGAGCCACGAGGACAUCCUGCCCUACAACUCUGCAGAGCAGAUCCCCAUCCAGCACGAGCUGUUUGAGCGCUUCCUCAUGCACAACCCGGCCAAAACUCCUCCGUUCACAUCCAGAGACACCCUGAAGGCCUGGCAGGAGAAGAACCACCCCUGGCUGGAGCUCUCCGACGUCCACAGAGAGACCACGGAGAACAUCCGGGUCACCGUCAUCCCCUUCUACAUGGGCAUGAGGGAGGCCCAGAACUCCCACGUUUACUGGUGGCGCUACUGCAUCCGCCUGGAGAACAUGGGCAGCGAGGUGGUGCAGCUGAGGGAGCGGCACUGGAGGAUCUUCAGCCUGUCGGGAACCCUGGAGACUGUCCGAGGGCGAGGAGUCGUGGGCCGCGAGCCGGUGUUGUCCAAAGAGCAGCCGGCCUUCCAGUACAGCAGCCACGUGUCCCUACAAGCCCCCAGCGGCCACAUGUGGGGGACGUUUCGCAUCGAGAGGACCGACGGCUCCCACUUCGACGUCCGCAUCCCCCCCUUCUCGCUGGAGAGCAACAAAGAAGACAAAGCGCCCCCUGCUGGCUACACGUUCUAACUGACCAGUCGGGCUCCUACGCCGCAACGUCGCCUCGGCCUUCAGCGCGAGAUUGACAGUCAGGUGACUCAGGGAGGGGAAAAAAAAGUGUUUCUAGGCCUAAACUCCGCCCCCUUUCUAUUCCUGUGAGGUCGCAGAGCGGCAUUACGUCAUCGAGUGACUCAUGAGGUGGAAAUGUUAUCAUGAAGAGCCUUCAAGUCCAACAUGUGACUCUGCGAUGUACAGAAAAAGCACCCGGCAGUGUUCUUCCUGUUACGCUUCCCGUUCUUCCCUCGCGGUGCAGUUGAGCCGGUUACUGUGCUGAACUCCCAUUUAUCAGUUAAAUGUACAAAAAGUCCAAAUGAACCUGAGUCUCACGUCCCAAAACGAGCUACACGGAUCUCUACUCACCGCAACUCCUAGAAAACACCAGAUCAUUAUUUAUUUGGGUGAUUUUUGUAAUCCUGUUGACUUUAAAGUCCAAUUCUCUUGAUUACAUCCACUGUUUGAACAUCCGGGUGUGUGGGGGGGGGCGGCUGUAUACUUUUUAUAAGCAGUGGACUGAAAACGUUUGGCUUUUAGUUAAUAACAAAAGAACGCCAUAAAAUAAUCAAAGUGAGCUGAGAGGCUUUUGUGUUUUAAAAAGAAAACUUGUCUAAAAAGCAGAAUCAAGUCGUCAUCGUCCUGGACACCGAAUGGAAAAACAAAGUUAUUUUUUCUGUUCAACGAGAAGAAACACGUGAAUACUGUAAAUAAAUAUGUAAUUAAACGAAUAAAUAACCUUUUUUGAAAAGUA